UACUUCACCCCCCUCACACUCCAGCCCAACUCCAAGGUUCAGCUCAGUCAGCACUCGGCCGCAGCUUCAGCCAGUCCACUAAAACGCGCUCGUCAGGUAAUUGGUUCCAGAAUACCAACUGAACGUCAUCCUCAAAAAUGGGAGACUGGGAUUUCUUGUCAACCCUGCUGGACAAGGUCCAGUCGCACUCCACUGUCGUUGGAAAGAUCUGGAUGACGGUUCUGUUCCUGUUCCGGAUCAUGGUCCUGAGCACCGGCGCCAACAGUGUGUGGGGCGACGAGCAGUCCGACUUCAUCUGCAACACCAAGCAGCCCGGUUGCGAGAACGUCUGCUACGACUGGACCUUCCCCAUCUCGCACAUCCGCUUCUGGGUCCUCCAGAUCAUCUUCGUGUCUACGCCUACGCUGGUCUACCUGGGCCACGCCAUGCACGUCAUCCACCAGGAGAAAAAAAUGCGCGAAAAGCUGGCCAGCCCCGGCGGUCCGCGCCGCCUCAAGUCGCCCAAGUACACCGACGACAAGGGCAACGUGACCAUCAAGGGGAACCUCCUGGGGAGCUACCUGACCCAGCUGAUUUUCAAGAUCAUCAUCGAGGCCGCCUUCAUCGUGGGUCAGUAUUAUCUGUACGGUUUCAUCAUGGUCCCCAUGUUCCCCUGCUCCAAGAAACCGUGCCCGUUCACCGUCGAGUGCUACAUGUCGCGGCCCACCGAGAAAACCAUCUUCAUCAUCUUCAUGCUGGCCGUGGCGUGCGUGUCCCUCCUGCUCAACGUGACCGAGGUCUUCUACCUGCUGUGCAACCGAUGCAAGGCCAGGUCCCGAUCCAGAGGGAUGUUUGCAAUCAACUCUGUUGAGAACCCAGCAGGGCUUACGAAUCCAAGGUGGCCUACGGUCAACGAUGCCCUGAUCCAGAAUAAGAAGAACCUGGACUUGGAGAUGGAGAUCAGUCAGAGUCUUGGGGGGAGUCUGGAUGGAGCCAAGGAGGAAAAGCAGAUGCUGGGCAACCACUAGGACUCUUAGCAUGUUAGCAUGCCAGCAAGGAUCUUGGUUUUGCUUUUGAUGGUAUUCAUUAUGUGUAGCUUUCUUUGUCCAAAUGUACAAAUCAAGUGCAGCACGAUUGUUGUUGCAUUGAGGUUCAUUCUUUACUCGAUGGUUUUUGAGUCUGUGUAACUUAUGUGCUAAAUACAGUCGAUGGAAUAAUGAUAAUGGCCUAAGCCAGAGUCUGGGAGGGAGUCUGGACUCGGUUCGGAAGAACCAGCGGCUGCUGAAGAUCAACGCAUGUUAGCAUGAAACUUAGCUUUGCUUUUAUGGAAUUGAUUUUGUAUUUAAGUUUGAAAGUGACCGUUUCGAAAUGGGCGGGAUGAUGAGAAUGAUGACUGCGACGAGAUUUGACGGCACAGGAGGCUUGUGGUUAGCACAGCCGCGUCACACUUCUCAGGGUGGCGGCAAGGGCUGUUAGCGUGUUAGCAUGCUAGCAGGUAACUUCACUUGACUUUGAUGGAAUUUAUUUUGUGAUUCUUCCCCCCUUUCUCAAAAAUGUAAAAAUCAAGUGCCAUAAUGUCACUGUAUGUAUGUCCAUUCUUUGUUAUGAUUUUUUUGAUUCUAAGUUAUUGUUUCAUGCGUGAAAAUAUACAAAAUAAUAACGAUCAUGAUUAUGAUCCUGGAUAGUGCUUGUUUCUAUUCAUUUUUUGUUCCAAGUGGUGCACGCCUUGUAUGUUUUUAGAAAAAUGAUUAAAGUUUGAUACAAAAACUGU